AUGCGCUAAACAGUUCACGUGGAGACGUACCCCCCCCCCCCCCUUUUUGCAGUGUGUCGGAUCAAGAACCGGUGUUGCAGCAGCUUCACGUCGACUCUCAAGACCUCUCUCACACAUCCAGAAAUGGCCUUCAGGAAGUUCCUCCCCUUGUUCGACCGGGUGCUGGUGGAGCGCUUCACCGCGGAGACGGUGACGAAGGGGGGCAUCAUGCUGCCGGAGAAGUCUCAAAACAAAGUGCUGCAGGCCACCGUGGUGGCGGUGGGACCCGGCGCCGUUAAUCCGAAAGGUAACGUUCUGCCCGUCAGCGUGAAGGUUGGCGAGAAGGUUCUCCUCCCGGAGUACGGCGGAACCAAGAUCAGUCUGGAGGACAAGGACUAUUUCCUUUUCCGUGAUGGAGAUAUUCUCGGCAAAUACGUCGAAUGAGUCUUCAUCAUCUUCUUUUUUUUUUUUGUUGCUGUAUCAUGUCGAGUCCCCCGGAGAGAAGACGUCAAAGUGGCUGCUCUCGUAUCUGUUUUUUUUCUUUUCUAUGUUAUUGCAAUUGUAAAUAAUUCUAAUCGCAUUUUGUUACUAUAAUAAAGGUGAACUGCGGAUAACUCUU